AUGAAAGACCAAGUUUCGCGCGAUUUGGUUCAAUAUGAUUAUGAUGAGGUGCUUGCUGAGUACUUUACCGAUAAAGAGCAAUACCUUUUGUUUGCUCAAGAACAAGAUUUUGAUUUAGACACCUGCUUGGAGCUAUGUGAUCAGGUCAAACUUCUGAACGACGAAAUGUUGGACAACAAAACGGAGCAAAAGGAUGAAAUAUUGCAGGCGGAUCUGGAAUUCAAUGCAUAUAUAGAAGAUCAGGAAAAUAGGGCAUCCAAUGAAUCGGUAGCUGCAGAAAUGGAGACAACAUCGGCGACGACGGAGAGAGAAGUGUUUGGAUGGUCAUGGUGGUAG